UGUGUGCACAGCACUCUGCAGCCUGCGUGGAAAAAUGGCGUCCGGAGUCCUUCAGAGAGUGAGCGGCGGCUUAGCUCGGGCUAAAAGCGGGGCCCACUCCGUCGGACAGCUCCUCGUUUGGACCAGAGUGUUUUCCACAUCCGGCAUCAACAGAGAAGACAGUUGGUUCAAGUCAUUAUUUGUCAGGAAAGUUGAUCCCAGAAAGGAUGCACAUUCAACCCUGCUGACCAAAAAUGAGGAAAGUAACCUCUACAAAAUCCAGUUCCAUAAUGUAAAGCCAGAGUGCCUUGAUGCAUACAACAAGCUCUGUGAGGAGGUUUUGCCCUCCAUCCAUGCUGAUAAGUACUACCCCUGUGAGCUGGUGGGCACCUGGAAUACUUGGUAUGGAGAACAGGACCAGGCUGUUCAUUUGUGGCGUUACAGAGGUGGUUACCCAGCUCUGACAGAGGUGAUGAAUAAGCUACGUCAGAACAAGGAGUUCACAGAGUACAGGAAGGAGCGUGGAAAGAUGCUCCUGUCUCGCAGGAACCAGCUUCUGCUGGAAUUCAGUUUCUGGAACGAACCGGUGCCCAGAGAGGGACCCAACAUCUAUGAGCUCAGGUCCUACCAACUCAGGCCAGGAACCAUGAUCGAGUGGGGAAAUUACUGGGCGAGAGCUAUCGGGUUACGCCAACACAACAGCGAAGCCGUAGGAGGGUUUUUCUCCCAGAUCGGCAACCUUUACAUGGUUCAUCACCUCUGGGCCUACAAAGACCUCCAGUCCAGAGAGAACACAAGAAACGGGGCCUGGCAGGAGGAAGGCUGGCACGAGGUGGUCUACUACACAGUUCCUCUCAUCCAGCACAUGGACUCCAGGAUCAUGAUCCCCACCAAGGCCUCGCCGCUCAAGUGAAAAGUCAGCGGAAAAGGAGAGCUUCAGCAACUUCAUCCUUUUUUUUUUUUUGGUCCUUUUUCUGUCCGUCUUACGUCAACGUACAGUAAAGUAGCGGGUAAGUUUACUCGGUGCCAAGGGGCUCCGAAUGUAAACAUUAGGUCAAACUAUGGCGUCACAUUUCCUAUGUUUACAUUGUCAUGCCUUCUGACGGCGCCGCUGUAAACUCACUAAAUGGUUGACGAGCAUUAGAAUCUACCAAAGUGUCCUGAAAGGUGAAAGGAAAGCAGCUUUUACUUUUUACUGUCACGGUCAUGGCUAUUUAUCAUUUAUACUUUCAACCUGUGUAACAUAUCAAGAAAAUGUUAUUUAAAAACCA